CUUUAGAAAUCUGUUUCUUUAGUUUUUUCUUGUGGGGUUUGGUGUGUUUAAUGGCGAAUCAUUCAUGGUUAAGCGGCGAUUGGAAUCACCCGAAUGCGUACUUCAGAAACUCCAUGGCGUCGCCUGAAAGCUCAGAGAUGAGACACCACUCGGGAUCUACCAUGUAUUGGAGCUCCGAAGAACAAGCAAUUCUCGAAGAUGGUCUUGCUAGAUAUUCGUCGGAACCGAGUAUUUCACGUUACGCGAAAAUAGCGUUAGAGCUUCAGAACAACAAGACCAUUAGAGACGUAGCUACGCGUUGCAGAUGGAUGCAUACGAAAGAAAAUAACAAGAGAAGAAAAGAAGACCACAAGGUGUCGGGAAGAGCCAGGGUUGACAAUCAGGAGGUUAUUGAUAUGGUGGUGGCUUCAAACUCAGCUACACAUAUGUUUGCAUCAUCACAUCUUCUUAGAGAAGAAGAUGGGAUCAAUAGCGAGCUUCUUAAACAGAAUGAACAACUCCUCAGUCAGAUUUCUGCAAAUCUAACAAAUUUCAAUCAGAUUUCUACAAAUGUCACAUCCUUGAGGUUAACAAAAAACUUGACUCUCUUUUGCAAGAGCAGAGACAACAUCAGGAAACUUCUCACAAAUUUGAGUGAGAAUGCCCCGGAGCAGAUGAAGCAUAUGCCACCAUGGCCGGAGAAAUUGAGAUAUGAUCAUGAUGAGCUACUUGAUUCAAUCCUUCCUCCCUCACCUAUACAAUGAACUACUCUUUCUCUUUUUCUUUCUUUGCAAUUCAAUUCUUCAGGACAUUCUUUUUUAUUUUGUUUUCAAUUGGAUUUCAGUUAUUAGGUUUUCUCCCAGUAGAAGCCCUGGCUUACAGCAGAAGUUUAGAUAUUUGUAACUGUAUCAAACAAAGAACAUUUGAUGCAAAAGCAUUUCCGUUGU